AUGGACGUCAAUUUAGCACCACCUGCUUAUGAGCAAGAUAAGAUCGUUGAGCGGAAGGAUGUACCAAAAUUCGAGGAGGAAGGCCAGCUCAAGGCUGGGGAGGUACACGAUGCCUUUGGUAACGAGGAGUACGCCGAAGUCAAGUAUAAAACCUUGAAGUGGUGGCAAUGUGGCUUGCUCAUGAUCUGUGAGUCAGUUUCACUAGGUGUGUUGUCGCUACCCACCGCCAUCGCUACCCUGGGCCUCGUCCCCGGUAUCAUCCUUAUUGUCGGCCUCGGCUUCCUCGCAACAUAUACUGGCUACAACAUUGGCCUUUUCCGUGAACGGUACCCUCACAUUCAGAACCUCGGUGAUGCCGGUGAGAUCUUGCUGGGCAAGUUCGGCCGCGAGCUCUUCGGUAUUGGCCAGUUCCUCUUCUGUAUUUUCGUCAUGGGCAGCCAUAUCCUGACCUUCCGUGUCAUGAUGAACACCCUCACCAACCACGGCGCCUGCUCCAUUAUUUUCAGUGUCGUUGGUAUGGUCCUUUCGCUCGCCCUCUCUAUCCCCCGUACCAUGAAGGGCAUGACGUGGAUCUCGUUUGCAUCAUUCCUCAGCAUCUUAUGUGCUGUCGUGAUCACUAUGAUCUCCGUGGGAGUCGAAAGUCACCCCGGCCGUGUCAUCCACGCCACUGUCGAGUCCAACCUCUACACUGCAUUCCAGGCCGUUUCAAACAUCGUCUUCGCUUACUGCGCCCACGUCGCCUUCUUCGGUUUGAUUGCCGAGAUGGAGACGCCCCAAGAUUUCAAGAAGUCAUUGUACAUGCUUCAGACCUUUGAGAUCUCUCUCUACCUAACCGCUGCCGUUGUCAUUUAUUACUAUGUUGGCACGGAUGUGCAUUCCCCUGCCCUCACAUCCGCGGGUCCCUUGAUGAGCAAGAUUGCCUACGGCAUUGCUAUCCCCACCAUUGUCGGCGCCGGUGUCGUAAACGGUCAUAUCGGCUUGAAGUACAUCUACUUCCGCAUCUGUGCCGGGACGGAUCUCAUGCAUCAGCGCAAUAAGCGUUCCAUCGGUCUCUGGGUUGGUCUUGGUGUGGCUUGCUGGGUCGUUGCGUGGAUCAUCGCCGAAGCUAUCCCUGUCUUCAGCGACCUGAACAGUUUGAUCAGUGCUCUUUUCGCUUCCUGGUUCAGUUACGGUCUCUCGGGUAUCUACUGGCUCCACCUCAACCGCGGCGAGUGGUUCUCCUCUCCCCGCAAGAUUUUGCUUUCUAUCCUCAACAUCGCCAUUGCCUGCUUCGGUUUGGUGCUGUGCGUUCUUGGGCUGUAUGCUUCUGGCACGGCUAUCAGCAAGAGCUCCAACAGCAACAGCUUCUCCUGCGCCAACACUGACACUUAG